AUGGCGACCGAGACUUUGGUAUUCCAAAUUUUUAGGGCUGAUGAAGUGCCACAAGUUCUCAAGAAGUUCAUGCAGGACAAAAACAUUAGAUUCUGCGGUGCGGUUAUCCACAAAGAUGUGAAAAUGCUGAGUUCCUACGGUAUUAAUAUUAUUUCUACGUUCGACCUCCAGAAGAUACUCCCAAACCCCACCAAGAAACCCACUACGAGUCUUUAUGGUCUAACAAACUCUAUCAUUGGAGCAAACCUUGAGAAGAAGAAGAGGAAGAAGUACAAGAAGAAGGACGCCGCAGAAGAAAAGGAAUAUGAAAUAAUUUUUGGAUGGGUCAAUGUUCCAUUGAGCUACAAGAAAGUGCACUAUGCCGCUCUAGACGCUCGCCUGGGAUUGAGAUGGCUAGGAGGCAUUGGAGACUAG